AUGUCUCAUUCAACUAGUACAACACAUCAUUCGGGCGCAACGCAUGCUGCUGGUACAACUCAUUCUACGGGUCAUUCGUAUAAGCAUACAGUUGAACAAUUUACCGAAGCAUUGAAUAACAAUCACUUGAAUAAUCUUGAAAAAUAUCUCGAUGCAAACGUGGUGAAAACGGUCGAUUCUCAAACAGUCUAUAAAGAUGUCAAAGAAGCACAACAGUAUUACACAAAAGAACACAAUGAUAAUAAAUCAGCGCACUGGAAAAUCGUUCACUUUCCUGAUAAUGUAGAUCAUGCAGCAACGACUGCUCGAGCUCGUAUAUCAUAUAACAACAAGACAUACAACACAAAUUAUACAUUCUCAUCAACAGGAAAAAUUCAGCGUAUCGAAGCUCAAACAGAAAACAAUGCGAAUCCACCAGCAGCAACAACAGCUCAUUGA